AUGUCUCCGACUGCGACCUUUCCUACCUCACACGAUGUACCAAUCAAUGGUUCCAUAUCUUUUGAAAAUUCAAUACAGAAGAGUUUCGCUAUCUCGGACUUGAUAAAGGCUAGAGAUGGAAGAUCGACGUAUCCAUUGCGACUAUGGGACUGUUCGAACGAAGAAGUCAAAGACAUGAACACCUACCUCCUUGAAAGCAAUGGUCAGAUGCCGUCCUACUGGGUGGUCUCCCAAGUCUGGGGGAUAACCACAGAGCAUCUCUCCCUCGCCGGCGUUUCAUGGGUUGUUCCUGUUACCAACCUAAACAAAUGGAACGCUAUAACUAACUUCUGCAAAGACAACAAUAUCAAGUGGCUGUGGAUGGACAUCCUGUGCAUAGACCAGACCCCAGAUAGCGAAGACGCACAGGCUGAGAAGGCUCGUGAGAUCCCCAACAUGACUCACUACUACCAGAACGCGGUUGCGUGCCUUGUCGUCCCCGUAGACUUCGACGCCUUUUCCAAAUCAUAUCUUCCCGUGAUCCAAAUCUACGACACCGUUAUCAAAGAUGGACUCACCGAGACCGAGGAGGCAAAAAGACGACUGUGGCAGACGAUCCCUUUCCUCGCGGAUAUUGCAAAUAACGAGUGGUUCAAAAGGACCUGGACAUACCAGGAGCUCAUGCUGUCGAGGAGGCUCGUUCUCCCGAACGGCCAGGACCUGCGAGUCGACAAACUUUACACGAUCCUCAGGUGGUACCAGUGGGCACUCCAGACGAAACACCUUACCAGGCCGGAGGGGUGCCCAGCAUACCCAGAUAUCCAUACGCAUGAGGAGCUCGUCAUGACAGGUUACUGGUUUCGUCACGACGAAUCAUGGAACCUUAAAGAGGACCUCCUUCAAAACGGGCACAUCGAUAUCAUGCCUUUGGUUGUGUACAACACGGACAAAGCUUCUACGUUUGAUGUGGAUCGUCUGCUGGGUCUGUAUGGGAUGCUGAGCGACGACGACAAGGUGCCAAUUGACCCUCGUACCCUCGGGAAUGGAGGGGGACGAUCGGCAUUAGAACAACUUUGGAAGCAGAUUAUCACCAAGGCAGUCACGUCGGGUAGAUUGUGGCCACUCCUCAAUGAUGCUAUGGCUGCCAACGGAGAACCAGGGGUACAAUGGAUGCCGGUGAUAACGGGCGCCGAGCACUGGUACGGCAUGUCGUCGGGACUCCAUAAAGAAACGCUUUCGCAGCCACAUCGCAAUAAUCGUCGUAUACUGCUGACCGCACAAGGACUUGAGAUAGCAGCAAGAGUCGUCGGAAGAAUCGUCGGCUACAGCGAAGCGAUAGGAGCAGGAAGCGGAGAGCUGGGCAAGAUGCUCCUGAUCUUAUGGACAGCCGCCGCUAAAGGAUGCGAUAUCGGUCCGGCGGAGAAGACACUGAUGAACACGAUUGCGAACGCUCAUGUCCGUCCACAUAGUCCGACAAAUAACGAGCUUGUCCAUCAAGAUCAAGCGGCGAUGAAAGCAGCGCUGAGUGGAGACAGUAUACAUGAAUGCGCCCGGAUAGUGGAUGGCUAUAGAUUGAACCAUCUGCUGGUCAAUGGCGGGCAGGGCGCCGACGGGCUCUCAAGGUGGAAUCGCAGAAUAAUUGCCAUCCUUCCUCAAGGACAUGACACGCCCAAGGUCUUUCUGCCGUGGAUCCAGCAUUGCAGGGAUCCUACGUCAAACAGUUGGGUUUUGGAUGUCACUUCGGAUCACCCGGAUAGCGUUUUGCGAUGGGUAGUAGCCAACGAAGUUGAACCACAGGUUUAUCGGAAGAUAGGCACCGUAGAAGCUACACGGACAAUCAGCGUCGCUGACGAACCUGUAUGGAUCACGUUUAGUUGA